AUUGACUCACUGCAAGCCGCUUGGGCUGGGGUACAGGUGCUCGCGGGCGACAUAGAGGAGGCCAUCUGUGGUCACGCCUUAUAUUACAACAUAUGGCGUAAGUAUGGAGUACUUCCCGAGCGAUUCAAUUGGCAGCGGAUUAGCGCCGACGUGUCGUUCUACCCGUUGAGGCCCGAGUUGGCGGAGUCGACGUAUUUGCUAUACCAGGCCACUCGCAACCCUUUCUACCUCCAUGUGGGCCGCGAUAUACUGUUUAGUCUUAAUAACUAUACACGUACUGACUGCGGCUUUGGAACUGUUCACGACGUCUCCGAUAAGACAUUAGAGGAUCGUAUGGAGAGCUUCUUCCUCAGCGAGACCUGUAAAUACUUAUAUCUGCUCUUCGACAGCGAUAAUCCCGUGAACACAGACUCCGAGCGCUAUAUCUUCUCGACCGAAGGCCACGUGUUUUCUGUGGACAAGAAGUUCCGAACAAAUCAGUGGUCGGACACCGAAUUCAAUGAGUUCUUCGACAACAUCGACGCCGAAACUGAAGUGACGAGCGAUAAGACAGUGGAAUCGGUGAUCAUAUCUCCACUCAAGGCGUUGGGAAACGCAUCCCAUUCCCAUUGCGAUCGCAUCGACUCCGAGAGACACUAUUCACUGCCAUUGAAAAACGAGUAUUUCCUUCAAGUAAGUCAAGCGCUG